CCCAUCUGGAAGCAAACGGAAUGGUGCAUAUGCCAAAGGUUAUUACAAGACGGGUAGGUUUUUUCUUCUUCCUCAGUUUGGACGCACCGCGGACGGAGACAGACACUCACAAUUGCACUCUACUAUCUGUGCUAAAUAUUUGAGACCGAGACGGUGAUUUUGGAUAAGCAGUAUGAAUGUCACAUUGAGUGAUAUAUACUAUUCCUGUAUUUACAGCUCCUCCGUUUCGCCACCCAUUUGCCCUCGUCAUCAACUUCAGCGUCGUUUAAUCUGCGUUCGGAACCCUAACCACCGUUUUCGCGCCAAAUCCUCUCUCGUUAUUGAGAAGCAGGAAGGCCAAGUUGUCUCCGACGAGAAAACUCCAUCUCAGACCUUCUCGGAAUCUGUUUCGCGCCGCCUCAUUCUGCUUCGACAUGCCGAGAGUUCCUGGGAAAAUCGAUCACUUCGGGAUCAUGAACGGCCUCUGAGUAAAUCUGGGCAGGUGGAUGCCUUGAAAGUUUCUCGCAAGCUUCAACAAUUGGGUUGGAUUCCGGAACUUAUCUUGUCUAGCGAUGCAGUACGAACUAAGGAGACCCUCAAGAUAAUGCAAGAACAAGUGCGUGAAUUGUUAGAAGCUGAAGUUCAUUUUGUUUCUAGUUUUUAUUCAAUUGCAGCCAUGGAUGGACAAACAGCAGAGCACCUACAAAAGGUUAUUUGUAAAUAUUCAAGGGAUGAAAUACUUACUAUAAUGUGUAUGGGACAUAACAGGGGAUGGGAGGAGGCGGCCUCAAUGUUCUCUGGUUCCUCUGUAGAAUUAAAGACAUGUAACGCUGCACUACUCGAGGCUGCUGGGAAAUCUUGGGAUGAGGCAUUUGCUUUGGCAGGAUUUGGUGGGUGGAAGCUUCAGGGUGUAGUAAAACCGAGUAGCUAGGUGAUCAAGAACUUCGGCGUGCUGGCUCAUCUAAAGGAGAUAAAAGGGGGGCCCCGGGUGAGGUGUGUCUUUUUGGUGGGACGACGAGGUGGAUUGAAAGAGAAAGCCUUUUUAAACUGUUUCAAGAAACCAAAAAACUUCAGAAAACGGGUCCACAGAAAUCAGUCAAACUUAGAAUACGUACACACAUGCUGGAGCGAAGGUUAGAAAAUGAAGCUUGCUCAUUCAUUGGACCCAUGUAAUUUGGUAGCAAAUGAUUUGUGCCCAUGGAGAUCCCCGACGAUGCAUUUAUGAUGCAUUAAGCACCUGUUUGGUAGGAAGGUUCAAUUUUGAUGGAAAGGAAGGGAAGGGGCAAAAAAAAAAAAUCAGGCGGCUGAUGUUUGGCAUGCAAUGAAAAUGAUUUGAUGGGUAUAUUUAUGUUUGGUAGGAUGAUUAUGAUGAUGUAAUGAGGAGUGAAGGGCAAAUAACUUUAAUGCCCUUAGUUUGAAAUGAUUAAAAAUUGUUAGAAUAAUAUAUAUGACUGUAGUUAUUAGUGAAAUCGUGUUUA